AUGACGGCGAGCCCAGUGCGCAAUCGCAAGUCCACCGUAGAAGGCUACAAGCCUAAGCUCAUCUCUACCAUCGGCGCCAAGCCCGCAUGUCUGGUCAACGCCUCCGUGACCUACGUCGGCAACGACCAGAUCUACGCUUUUGGCGGCUUCGACCAGUAUACAGACGAAGUAUACAACCAUGUGCUUCGUCUAAACCUGGCCACUCGGCAGUGGAACUUAGUCGAUAACUAUGGGGACAUCCCUGGGGUUCGAAUGGGUCACACCGCUUGCCUCUGGCAGGGUGACAAGCUGCUCGUUUUCGGCGGCGAGAACGAGCACCGUCAGCACCUCUCCGACGUCAUUGUCUUCGACCUGAAGACGGCGUACUGGACGCAGCCCGAAUUGCACGGUCCGACGCCUCGAGGACGCGCUCGCCAUUCUGCCGUUAUACACGACGAGAAGCUCUACAUCAGCGGAGGGCAGACGGGUCACGAUAGCGUACUGGAUGAUAUCUGCUUCCUCGACCUCAAGACGUGGACGUGGUCUCGCACAUGGAAAUUCGUGCCUCGAUACGAUCACGCCAGCUGGAUCUGGAAUGGCCGUAUCUGGAUCUUCGGAGGCAUCAACGACGAAAUGGAGAAGAACAACGAGAUCUGGUGGCUAGACCUCCGCGGCAGCCCUGGCUUCGAGACCGCCAUGACUUACGGCACUGGGGAUCGUCAACUGCUCACAUCACGGCAUCGCUUCCCCACUCCCGCGUCAGGUCAGCUCGCAACCGGCAGCACCGGCUAUACCGCCAAUUCGAGCGUGCAGUCGUAUCCAAGCUCCAUGUUCUCUGCCAAGUCACCCUACAUUACGCCGGGCUCCAUAUCCUCGCUCAAAUUCCACUCGAGCCCUAACCUCCCUUCCCAAGCCGCCGGCAUGCAUUUCCACGUCUUCUCCUCUGGUUGCAUGCUCGACUUUGUCACUCCUGCCGAGUUGAGCUGUGAGACGAGUUUGUCAAGCUUGGAGCUAGAUACCCUCCGCUGGCAGAAGUUGGCAGACGGAAAGGAUAUCUAUAACUCAAGCUUCCGCUGGCAUUAUUGCACCACUAACGCGGAGGGCACGCAUGCUUGGCUCCUCGGCAGCCCUGUCGAGCCUUCGCCCGAUGGCAAUGGCGUAAGCGGUGGUGAAUAUCUCAGCGAUGUCUUAGCCAUAGACCUUCGCAAAUACGGCAUCCUCGGCAAUGAGCUCGCGAGCGACCCAAGAUCGAAGCUGCCCUCUUCCGACGCCAACGUCUCCUCGCAUCUCACAGGCAUUGGCGCGGAUCUCUCCCUCACUUUUGAUCAACCCCCAGAAACCGGCAGCGGAGCUGAUUUCAUCAUCACUGCGGAUCCAGACGACGUUGACUACGACGCCUCACCAGUAACUGACCCCGGCCCAUCCUCAACCGCGGUUGCACCCGUUUCCCGUCCAAUCCACGUCCAUCGGCUCAUCCUCCACGCUCGUUGGCCGCAUUUCGCCCGGUUGUGGAGCGCUCAGAUGAGUGAAUUUCACACGAAGAAGAUGCACAUUCCCGAGCCCUAUUCGGCUGUCCGCGCCUUUCUGUUCUAUCUGUACACGGACAGUAUCGCUCCUCACCCACAAAACGGUCCUACUCUCAAUGACGUGGCGGGCAUGCUGGUUAUGUCAAAUAUCUACGACAUGCCGCGUCUGCGGCUGCUGUGCGUCAAUCGCCUCGGCCGAGAAUUGGAUAUCGAGCACGCCGCGGUAAUCUGGGAGCGGGCAGCGACUGCCAACGAAGACUGGCUCAAACGACGGGCGGCAGCAUACUGCCUGCAGAAUUGGGGCCGCGUUGUCCGCACGGCUGGCUUCAGGGCACUGAAUCCCUCCAGCCUCAUUGAUCUUUGCUCUGAAUCGGACCCUGAUUCCCGCGUGGUCAGCAGUGAUGAGCUCGAGAUGAUGGGCCAAUUGCGGCCCUAUACAAACACCAACCGCAAACGCAGCCUUGGCAGCGCCGGCGUACUCACCGCUGGGGAGGAGGAAGGCGAUGAGGAGGCGGAGGAUGACGGCAUGGAUGUGAACUAG